AUGCUUAGAAACUCCACGCACAGAGGCAUGCAUCCAGGAGAGGAGGCGAGGAUGCGCGGCGGGAGUAGUGUGGCGCGAGAGAGGAGACACCUUGCCCUGCGCAUUAACAACCAGGAAGAAGGGAAGCGGUAUCAUCGCUACUGCAACCACAGUGGAGGGCAAACGGCUCCCAAGGUGGAGAGUCAUCCCCAGAAGAACGAAGUGGAGGCAGACAACAGGCCUAAUCGCCGCGGGCAACAGCAGCAGCAAUUGGAAAUCAAGGCUAUUGUUAUUCAGCGUGCCUGGCGUGCCAGCGUGUCGCGCCGUGGGUGCUGGCAGGAACAUGACAAGCACAGAAGCGACCAGAACGCCGAUGACACCAUUACGACCGCCGACCUUUUCCCGGAGCAGCUCAAGAGCCUCCAGAGUGGCUUCAAGAACUUUAGUAGUGGAGGCUUGCAGCUGCAGACUGAGGACCUGCUGGUGGACCAGGUUGACAACAUCAACAUGAACGUACCGCCCUUUGAGACCAAAGUCUUGAUCAUCCAGCGCGCCUGGCGUGAUUUCCUUCAGAGACAGGAAACAGACAAGAGGAGUCCCUCCCCAUCUUCUCUGUCAUCGUCAGAUAAGAUGAGCAUGUCCAUCAGUAUGGCCACCCUCUCCGAUGGCAGCACCCCGGAUUACCGGGAGGAUGGCAUGGACCUGGGGAGCGAUGCAUCCAGUCGCUCAAGCUCAGAGUCCAACUCCAAUAAGGUCACGCCUUGCUCCCCUUCUCCUGACCUGGCCACACUGGAUGACUACAAAUCAUCCCCUUCUCUGGACCUUGUCACCCUUGAGGACUAUGAGGAGGACGAGGACUACCAAGAGUACAAAAAAAAGGUGAUGGAGGAGUGGGAGAGUGAAUACGGAGAUGACUGCAGCUCUCCACCGGUCCCCAGUCAGGAGGAAUGUGUGAAUGGUGUCGAAGAGGCCGAUGAGGUUGGCGAGGGAUACAGGAAGAACAGCCGUGGCUUCGCCGAUGAAUUGCAGGAUGUGAAGAGUGUUCCGCCCCUCCCGGCCCCCAGCGGACGCACUGCUACAGCCGCCACAGUCCCUGAGGAACUUAAACAAAAUGGGAAUCUGAUUUUGCCUCGCAGCAACCCGCUUGUCUCCCUUGGUACACCACAGGGGGGACUCACAGGGACUCACAAGCCCAGGCACCACAGUUUUAGUCAGGGCAGGGGGAGCCGUAGCACUGGUGGGGGUGGCGAAGGUGGAGGAGGUGGGACUGUGGGACGGAUGGGGGGUUACAGAGAAGAGGAGGGUGUAGAAGAAGAAACUCUGCCCACCAUGGACUGGGCAGCCCUGGAGAGGCACCUGGCAGGGUUGCAGUGCCGAGAGCAGGAGAACCACAACCUCAAUUACAACCAGAACCACAACCUAGGCAAGACCAGCUACACCUCAGCCCAAAAGAAUGAAAGGGAGUCUAUUAGGCAGAAGUUGGCCCUGGGCAGUUUCUUCGAUGAUGGACCGGGCAUCUACACCAGCUGCAGCAAGAGCGGCAAGCCCAGCCUGUCGUCACGGCUGCAGAGCGGCAUGAACCUGCAGAUCUGCUUCGUCAACGAUAGCGGCAGCGACAAGGACAGCGAUGCGGAUGACAGCAAGACAGAGACCAGUCUGGACACGCCUCUGUCCCCAAUGUCCAAGCAGAGUUCGUCCUACUCGGACCGGGACACCACAGAGGAGGACUCCGAAUCUCUGGAGGACAUGGACUUCCUGAGUCGACAGAAGAAGCUGCAGGCGGAGGCCAAGCUGGCGCUGGCCAUGGCCAAGCCUAUGGCUAAGAUGCAAGUGGAAGUGGAGAAACAGAACCGUAAAAAGUCGCCCGUGGUCGAUCUGCUCCCACAUAUGCCUCACAUCAGUGAAUGUCUCAUGAAAAGAAGCCUGAAGCCUACCGACUUGAGAGACAUGACGCUGGGACAGCUCCAGGUUAUCGUCAACGAUCUCCACUCCCAGAUUGAGAGUCUGAAUGAGGAGUUAGUACAGCUGCUGGUGGUCCGAGAUGAGCUCCACAUGGAACAAGAUGCCAUGCUUGUUGACAUUGAGGACCUCACCAGGCAUGCUGAGAGCCAGCAGAAACAUUUGGCUGAGAAGACCCUGACCAAAUAA